AUGUCAGCCGAAGAAACAUUCUUAAACCUCUUCGACACGUAUUGGUUCGAGCAGAGGCCCUUCGCUCCCACAAAAAAGGCGGCGCCGCCGUUUCCCCAACAAGAAAAAAGUAUGGAGCCUCAGAAGCUGAACAAGCUCACAACGCUAAUGAGAAAAUCCCACAGCGACCAAAACCUCUACUCCAAAGACGCCACGUCAUCAUCAUCGGAGCCGAGCUCCCCGUCGCCGAAAUCCUUCCUCGGGCCCCACCUCCAGACGAUCCUCUCCGGCAAAGAAGUGGAGAGCUUCGACGAGGAAGAUAAAUUGAAGAAAAUCAACAAGGCCGUGGGGGAGAAUGAGGAGAAAGUGGAUAAGGCUAUUCGGAGGAGGGGCGGCGCGAGCAAGAGCUUGACGGAGCUGGAGGUGGAGGAGGUGAAGGGGUUUAUGGAUCUAGGGUUUGUGUUUUCGGAGGAGGAUAGGGAUUCGAAUUCGAGGUUGGCGUCGAUCAUUCCGGGGCUGGUGGUGAGGGAGGGGAGUGAAACGACGGCGUCGCGGCCGUAUCUGUCGGAGGCGUGGGAGAGGAUGGAGGAGGAAGAGAGGAAGACGAAGAAUUCGAUGACGGAUUGGAGGAUUCCGGCUUUUGGUAAUGAGAUGGAGCUCAAGGAUCAUCUCAGAUUCUGGGCUCAUUCUGUUGCUUCUACUGUGAGAUGA